AUGUGGCAAGCGCAGUAUGCGCCCGCCGACCAGCAGAUCAAAAAGGGCGGCAAGACUGACCGCGUUGAGAACGCUAAUACCGCCCCACUCGGACAGCGUGGCGCAGGUGCUGUGGCAAGCGCCGGUGAGGCGUCAACUGCCCAAGGCGCAAGCGCUGCCGCCGACAGUAAGCUCACAGUUGUGCGCAAAGGCGGCGGCGAGGUAUGGGAGGACAAAUCGCUGCUGGAAUGGGAUCCCAAGCAGUUUCGCAUCAUGGUCGGCAAUCUGGCAGGUGAAGUGACGGACGAAUCCCUCGCGAAAGCCUUCGCGGCAUACGGCGUAGCAAAAGCGCGCGUGAUCCGUGACAAGCGUACGACAAAGUCCAAAGGCUACGGAUUUGUAUCAUUCUUAGAGGGCGAGACUGGCUUCAAAGCCGCGCGGGAGAUGGUCGGCAAAUAUAUCGGUAGCCAUCCGGUGACAAUCCAGCGCAGCAAAGCAAACGUAGCACCGGUCGUCAAGAAGGACCCUCGGCAGAACAAGGGAAGGAAUAAUAAGAACAACAACAAAAACAACAAGGAUAAGAACAAGGAAGGCAAGAAGGAGGAGGGACCACUGAGGGCGAACACAGGGGCAGGAAUUGAGAAGAAGCUGCCCGCAAAGACGGCAUCUGGUCUCAAGUUGCUUGGUUGA